AGAAAACAAACAAAAUUACAUCCAAGAGCAAUGACAAAUACAAGACAAAAUAAGUAUGACGUAGAAAAGUAGUUUAAAAGCAUAAAAGCAAACGACAUUUAACACUUUUUACAGCAGUGUUAUGAAAAGCUUUUUCUUUGUUAUCAGUAAGCUGAUAAUCAAGAGUAAUUGAAUAUUGACGGAUAUCUUAUUUAAUACUUCCUCCAGUGUUCACAUAGAGUAAUAGUCCUAAUUAUUAAUAUUCCUAAUGACCAUAUAGUUCGUGCACGGCUGACCGCUAGUGGGCGCUACUUGUUCACUAUUUAGAAAUAAAGAGAAUCAGUAAUGCUAAUUCAGAAAGCACGACUUUGGAGUGUUUAAUAUGAUGUACAGUGCUAUUGUAAUGCGCGUUUUUAAUAACCUGUGAAUAUUUUUGCCAUGACUAAACACGAAACCGUGGGACGUGUCAGAUUUUUGUUUUGCUUUCUACUGUCCUUUGUUCCACCUUUCAGCUGCGGUCAUGAAGAGACAGCAGGUGGCUCUCAAAAAACACUCAACAUACAUGGCCCUGUUAACCAAGUCAUAGAACUAAGAGAAGUUGUAUUUGUGAUUCAGAGUCAGAAGAACUCCUACCACAUUGAAAGGGCAGAGCAGAGAAGAGCACACCUUUUGGACCAAGACAGGUUUCUCUUGCAGAGCUCACCAGAGGUUGUGCUCCUCCAUCAAUUAUCAGAAUACAAUGGAAACUGGGGGAUUCUUCCUGUGCUGCCUCGUCUGGCUGAAGGUUACUGCUGGAGGUCUUUGUGGAUUUUUUUCCUUGAGGAGGAGACCAUUGUCAAUAUAGCCAGACUGCUGCAAGUGCUCAGCAGAUUUAACCCUGGAAGGGAGUGGUUUCUGGGAAGGGCUCUUUAUGAUGCUAGUGCAACCAUUAUCCACCACUAUGCCUUCUCAGAAGAGCCGACUGCCUUCAGCUACCCUGAUUUUGCUGCUGGCUGGGCCCUGAGCUGCUCUCUGGUUAAAAGAUUAGCUGAUUACGUGAAGCAUGAGCCACCCAAAUCAGAUUUCACCAUUGACCUUAAGCACGAGCUUGCCCUGUACAUUUGGGAGGAGGGUAGAGGACCUUCCUUAACCGCUGUUCAUGAGUUCUGCUCUGAACUUCAUGGCUCGCCAAACACUGAGCAUUGUGCAACAACUGUCAGCUCUUACCUGCCAAACUGUGGCACCAUAGUGAAGAUGGAGGAUGUUUUUGUGGCAGUGAAGACUUGUCGUAAAUUCCACCGAGAUAGAGUGCCUGUAGUAAAAAAGACCUGGGUGAAGGAUGCUGCGUUGCUAGAGUUUUAUAGUGAUAUUGCUGAUCCAGCUAUCCCCACCAUUAACCUGGAAGUCCCCAACACGGAGAGUGGGCAUUGUGCAAAAACUUUUGCCAUUUUAAGAAGGUUUGUCAGCGGAGAAGUGACUCAAGCACCAUGGCUGCUCCUUGUAGACGAUGACACAUUGAUAAGUCUGCCUAGACUUCGGCGGCACUUGCGAUGUUACAACCCUAAUGAAGCUGUGAGUAUCGGUGAGCGCUAUGGCUAUACCCUCAGCAAGGGUGGCUACAGCUAUAUCACUGGUGGAGGAGGUAUGGUGUUCAGUAGAAUGGCAGUUUUGAAAAUCCUCUCCAGUGGUUGUGGCUGUUACAGUCCGGACGCACCAGAUGACAUGGUAUUGGGAAGGUGCCUUAACACGCUGGGCUUGUCAGUCACACACAGCCCACAGUUUCACCAGGCUCGUCCAAAUGAUUAUCCCAAAGAGCUGCUGCUCCGUCAGAGCCCCAUCUCCUUCCACAAACACUGGAACAUCAACCCUGUGGCUGUGUACCAGCAGUGGCUGAUGGACUCUGAGGAUCUGCUCCAGCAGAACUGUAGGAGAGAAUACAGUCAGGAGCUUUAAACCAUGAGCUGUCUUUCAUGUUGUAAGUGUAUAUAAUUUGGGGAAUAUAAGUUGGGGAAAGAAUUACUCUUAAUUUUUGGUUUUAUUGGGUUUUAUUGAAGAAUAUGUUGUUUGUUUACUGUAAAGAAACACUUACUCUAGCUAUAGAUUUAAUAUUUACAUUUUACAGAAAUUUGGCAGAUGCUUUUAUUCAAAGUGACUUACUAGUGCAGAGCAUAGAGGGGCUGAUGGAAAGGACUUUAUUAGUCUCCUCAAUAUCCCCAUGCUCAGAGUGUAGCUAGCUGGGUAGUAGGGUUAACAGAACCUGUGAAAAAUACAUCCCAAUUGAUUAAUCCUGUUUCUCGCCAUAGCAGCUGGUAUAAAAUGUGACUGAACACAUUUGAUCCAUUUAUGUGACAUUUGGGGCAGUUAAAUAUGGAAUCAUAAUGACUUUGUUGACUUUUAUGAACUUCAUUAUAGCGCAUAACAGUGUUAUUUGAGAUACGGUCAUAUCCAUAAGUAUUUGGACAGUGACAUAGUUUCAUAGUUUUGCCUCUGUAGUUUUGCCUCUUGGGUCACAAUGGAUUUGAAAUGAAGCAAUCACGAUGUAAUGGAAUGUAAACUUUCAGCUUUAAUUCAAGGAGUAUAACAAAAGCAUUUGUUAAAAGUCCCUCCAUUUUCUCAUUCUCAAAAGUAAUUGGAUGAACUAACAAUCAUAAAUAUUAAGAUUAUUUAUAAUACUUGGAUGCAGCUCCUCUGCAGUCAAUGACUGCCUGAAGUCUGGAACCCGUGGACAUCAUCAAAUGCUGAGUUUACUCCCUUGAGAUGCUUUGGCAAGCCUUUACUGCAACCGACUUCAAUUGCUGCUUGUUUGUGGGGUUUGUGUGCCUUCAGUGUUGUCUUUGGUAACUGAAAGGCAUGCUUAAUUAGGUCAUCGGACAUUUAAGAGUAUUUAAUUUCUUUGCCUUAAGAAACUCUUGAGUUGCUUUUGCGGUACGUUUUGGGUCAUUAUCCAACUGUACUGUACUGCAUCUUGAGGUAAACCAUCUGUAUUUACAUUCAUGAAGGCGUCUCUUGAUUGUAGACUUUGACAAUGAUACGCCUACCUCCUCCAGAGUGUUCUUGACUUGGCUAGAUGUUGUGAAGAAGUUUUUCUUCAACAAGGCCUUUUGGUGUUGCUGAGCUCGCCAGUGGAUUCCUUCUUUUUAAGAACGUACCAAAUUUGGUCACUACUAAAGUUUCUGCUGUCUCUGAUAGGUCUGUUUAGUUUUUUUCAGGCUAAUGAUGGCCUCCUUCACUUGCAUCGACACUUCUUUGGACCGCAUAUUUAGAGUUCCCAUUAACAGCUACCAAAUGCAAAUCAAUUGCAGA